UUUCAGCAGUGGCUUGCGAUGAAAGAAAGUACAAAAUCUGCAUUGUUUUAAGAGGCCCCAUUGAAACGUUUUUUCUCUCCUUCUAACUUAAAAAUACACGAUAAUUUAAACUUCCUGCUUCUCCUUCUAUGUGAUAAUAUUCCUGCGCGGAUGUUGCCCUUCGGAAACCCCGAUGUUUACAACCAGCUAUAAUGUACAUAUGACUGUUUGUAUACCAUAGCACAAGGAAUAUCAUUUUGGGCAAGUUAGAACAAAUCAAAGACACGUGUAGCACGAUGUGUGGACGGAAUGAUGAAUCUAAACAGACAGACAAUGAAGGUGGCAUGUCGACAUCUACAGAAGCCUCAACAAUACCCUGUGACGUGAACAGAUUUAACACUACAGGCUGUAACAUCACAAUUGCUGGAAAGCUACUGAUAGUAUUGGACACGAUCAACAAGACCUUACGGGGCCAUUUUGAAUGUUUCCGCGAUAUAAUCGUCUCCCGUCUUAACGGCACCAAUGUAACGCUUGAAAAUCAUGAUGACAAGAACACGACCAGACUUUUAAACAAAAUGAACGACUUACAAACAGAAUUUGAUGGGACCGAUGAAGCAGGCAUGGCGCUGAUAUUAUCAGACAGGGAAAACACGUCUAAAACAUUUGAUAGUUUGGAUUCGGCACAAGAACCUUACAUCUUUUUCAUAAAUGUUGGACAGAGCACAAAUGAAACGGAUUCUUGUUACCGUCACUACAAAAAUAUCCAAACGGAAUCGGAGUUGCCGGGAAUUGGAUUGGAACUGGAGUCAACUGCAUGUAAUCCCGAUGCUGAGCACAUGAGAACGUUAUGCCCGGGCAGAUUUACCACACCCUCAGCAAACAUCCAUUCUUCACCAGGUUCUCCGACAUCAGAUUCACCAGGUUCUCCGACAUCAGGUACAGUGAACUUAUCCAUUGUGGUACCAAGCGUUAUCGGAGCUUUUAUUCUGGCUGUUGUGCUUGUGCUAUGUAUAAUUUUCUCGCCAAGACGUAAAAGGAAACCCAAACGAGAUACUUUUGUGGAGUUCUCUGCAGUUGACAGCGUAUUUGGAAAACAGACCAUGUCAACAGAUGCAUCGAAUCAUUACUCCUCCCCCAGGGAAACGAACGACCUAUACAAUGCUUUGUGGGAAAAGGAAAAAAAUGGGAACACUGACGAAAGCCAGGAAAAUUAUCAUCAUCUGGACAGACAUUUUGUUAAACAAGAAACCAAUUCUUCGUUGUAUGAUCACGUGGUCAAAGGAGGGGAUGACUUAGAUGAUGUUUUUGAACCUCCAAGUUAAAACAUAUGUGGAAUAUCCUGUUUGGUAAAUCCAACAGCUGAAGCCGUUUUUGGGGAAUAUUGGAUGAUUAUAUAUAUACAUACAUACAUAUAUAUAAAUAUACAGUCUCUUUCAUCUAAUCAAGGGAUUAUAUAUAUAUAUAUAUAUAUAUAUAUAUAUAUAUAUAUAUAAUCAAGUAGAAAAUGAAAUGCUUUCAUGUAACAAUGCAUCGUACGGAGAAAUAAAGUACGAUAAGAGCAAGUAAACUACAGCCAGAAUAAAAAAGACAGUUAAUGAAACGCAUAAAAAAGAUAAUAUUCCCAUUUCGUCUGAAUGAAGACAUCAUCUUCUACCCACCAACGUGGCAUCAGACAAGCUCCAAACGGAUCCAAAAAUACACAAAAACAACAUUCCGCUUAGUAAAUGGCCGACAACAUCUAACGGAAAAAUAGCCGAAUACGUUGAGUCGCAACUCGACAGUGUAAAUAGAUCCACAUAAAUGGAUAAAUAGUAAAGAUACUGCUACAUGUAUUAAGAAAAUUUGAAUUGUAAAUCAACCAUUACCAGAUUCGUCUAUUUUAUUUUGAGUGGACGUGAAAGCGCUUUAUCGCAGUUUAUCCUGCCUUUGAUAAAUAUAUUGAAAUUCUAUUGGCUGAAACCAAUACUUAUAGGUUAUAGACUUUGUAUGGGAAAAUAUGACGACCGAGUUUUUUGGCGCGUAGACGGACCGAGAUUGCGAGGUCCGUUCGCGACAAAAAACGAGGUCGCCAUAUUUCCCAUACAAAGUCUAUAACCUUUUUAUUAUAUACUUUCAAUUUCAUUUAGAAACUAACAAUAAUUUUAUUUUUAACAAUAACUUUAUCGGUUUAACUGAGUAAAAGAUGAAAAACACGGAAAAUUUACGGCGUAGAAAUUUGAUUGUGACGUAAUGUUUGCGGCCCGGAAUGUUUCCGGGCAUAUAUCGUGUGAUAUAUGCCCGCAAACUUUUAAAGAAAAAAGAAGAGAUGAAAUUGAAAGUACAUGUAUAUAAUAAUAUAUGAUACAACAAUAUUAUGCCUCCUGAUCUUUUUAUCCUGAUAUUGUUGAUGUGCCCCUUCCACGCGGUUUACAGACCAUACGUAUGUACUAUGACAUCAUAGGAAUACGUAUGCCUUGUCACUAGAAAUUAGUCAAUCGGAACUCCUCGAAUGUCUCGCGCAGUCGACAUAGAUCUCGGAUUUAAUACGAUGACAUACACGAGUGAAUUUGAUGCACUGUUAACGUCACAGCAUACUGCACAUCGUUACGUACGUCAUACCUAACAAUGCAUAAAAUGCACUCAUGGAUGCCAUCACAUCCGAUGUCUAUGUAGGAGCGCUAGAUAUUCGAGUCCAUAUUGAAGAAUCAGUCUGACCUGAUGAUGACGUCAUAGGUUAGAACAUCUUUGAAUUUACAGCUAACUGAAAAACUUGUUUUUAUUCCAUUGUUGUUGGUUUAAAUGUUGCAGCCAUUUUUCUAUUAUUGUACAUUUGAUUAAGUGUCCCAGAUUACAUGCACUGCAGUCAU